UGCAAGAGCCAGAAGACUAGCGGUGCGACCUAGGAAAACCUCCCUCUCCCGACCGGUGGCAGCCAGGUAUCCCCGCCCCAAUGCGGGCCAGAUUUCUAGCGCAGCCGACCGGCAGGAUUGCGCAGGCGCGGCCUCAGUCUGGCGUCCUAGGCGACGACUCCGAAAGCCUCGGCGCAGGCGUAAUUCAGGAGGCCGAGGGAGCGUGAGGCCGGGGAUGAGGCGGGGCGAGCUCGGAGUGCGCUUGCGCACUGCCUGCUCUCGCCCGAGGAGCCGCAGUCUCGAGAGCGCCAAGGCGGUGUUUCGGUAGUCGCUGGCAAACCUCUCCCGCGAACCCGGCCCCGUUGGACUGCGCCCAGGGCGGGGACCUCCGCCGGGCACAGGAGGGAGCCACGAUGCCGAUCAAUAAAUCAGAGAAGCCUGAAAGCUGUGAUAAUGUGAAGGUGGUUGUUAGGUGCCGGCCCCUCAACGAGAGAGAGAAAUCAAUGUGCUAUAAACAGGCUGUCAGUGUGGAUGAGAUGAGGGGAACUAUUACUGUACAUAAGACUGAUUCUUCCAACGAACCUCCAAAGACAUUUACUUUUGAUACUGUUUUUGGACCAGAGAGUAAACAACUUGAUGUUUAUAACUUAACUGCCAGACCUAUUAUUGAUUCUGUUCUUGAAGGCUACAAUGGGACUAUUUUUGCAUAUGGACAAACUGGAACAGGCAAAACUUUUACCAUGGAAGGUGUUCGAGCGGUUCCUGAACUUAGAGGAAUCAUUCCAAAUUCAUUUGCUCACAUAUUUGGUCAUAUUGCAAAAGCAGAGGGUGAUACAAGAUUUUUGGUUCGAGUGUCUUACUUGGAAAUAUAUAAUGAAGAAGUCCGUGACCUUUUGGGCAAGGAUCAGACACAGAGGUUAGAGGUUAAAGAAAGACCUGAUGUGGGAGUUUAUAUCAAAGAUUUAUCAGCUUACGUGGUAAAUAAUGCUGAUGAUAUGGAUAGAAUUAUGACACUAGGCCACAAAAAUCGUUCUGUUGGUGCAACUAAUAUGAAUGAACAUAGUUCCCGUUCCCAUGCCAUCUUUACAAUUACUAUAGAAUGCAGUGAAAAAGGCGUUGAUGGCAACAUGCAUGUCAGAAUGGGGAAGCUCCAUCUUGUAGAUCUUGCUGGUUCAGAAAGACAAGCAAAAACUGGAGCUACUGGACAGCGUCUAAAGGAAGCCACAAAAAUCAAUCUUUCGCUUUCCACCCUUGGUAAUGUAAUUUCUGCCUUGGUUGACGGAAAAAGCACUCAUGUUCCUUAUCGCAACUCUAAACUGACUCGUCUUCUUCAGGAUUCCUUAGGAGGAAAUUCAAAAACCAUGAUGUGUGCGAAUAUUGGGCCAGCAGAUUACAAUUAUGAUGAAACUAUCAGUACAUUACGGUAUGCUAACCGUGCUAAGAAUAUUAAAAAUAAAGCUAGAAUUAAUGAAGACCCAAAGGAUGCUUUGCUUCGCCAGUUUCAGAAAGAAAUAGAGGAACUGAAAAAAAAGCUUGAAGAAGGGGAAGAGAUAUCAGGCUCCGAUAUCAGUGGAUCGGAGGAGGAGGAUGAUGAAGAGGGCGAAGUUGGAGAAGAUGGAGAGAAAAGGAAAAAAAGAAGGGGCAGUAGCAGUGGCAGUAGCUCAGACUCUACAUGCUCUGUCAUAGAGAAGCCUCUGGAUAAGUCCUUGCCCAAUCAAGCAGGUAAAAAGAAAGUAUCCCCAGAUAAGAUGGUUGAAAUGCAAGCAAAAAUUGAUGAGGAGAGAAAAGCACUUGAAACAAAGCUUGAUAUGGAAGAAGAAGAAAGAAACAAGGCUAGAGCUGAAUUAGAGAAACGGGAGAAAGAUCUUCUUAAGGCCCAACAAGAACAUCAGUCUUUGCUAGAGAAAUUAUCUGCACUGGAGAAGAAGGUAAUUGUGGGUGGUGUUGAUUUGUUGGCAAAAGCUGAGGAACAAGAGAAACUUCUUGAAGAAUCUAAUAUGGAACUGGAAGAACGGAGGAAAAGAGCAGAGCAACUUCGCAGAGAACUUGAGGAAAAAGAGCAAGAACGCUUGGAUAUUGAAGAAAAAUAUACCAGCUUGCAAGAGGAAGCACAGGGAAAAACCAAGAAAUUAAAGAAAGUUUGGACUAUGCUGAUGGCUGCCAAAUCAGAGAUGGCUGAUCUCCAACAGGAGCACCAGAGGGAAAUUGAAGGCCUACUGGAGAAUAUUCGACAGCUUAGCCGGGAGCUCCGGCUUCAGAUGCUUAUCAUUGAUAACUUCAUACCUCAAGAUUAUCAGGAAAUGAUUGAAAACUAUGUCCAUUGGAAUGAAGACAUAGGAGAAUGGCAGCUAAAAUGUGUUGCCUACACAGGAAAUAACAUGAGGAAGCAGACUCCAGCUCCUGAUAAAAAAGAGAAAGAUCCCUUUGAAGUGGACCUUUCCCACGUGUAUCUUGCCUACACUGAGGAGAGCCUCCGGCAGUCCUUGAUGAAAUUAGAGAGGCCACGGACUUCGAAGGGGAAAGCAAGGCCUAAGACAGGGCGAAGAAAGCGUUCUGCAAAGCCUGAAACUGUAAUUGACUCUUUACUUCAGUAAAUGUUACAGACUUAAAGUCACAAUAAAAAUUAGUGAUAUUCUCAUGCCUGGACAAAAUCUUUACUUAAAACACUGAAGACUAUUCUGUAAUUUCAAAUAAUGGAAGCUGUAAGUCAUGGAGUAAGACUGGAACUAAUGAAUUGCCUAGUAAGUCUUAGUCAAUAUAAAUAUUAAUGUCAUUAAAAUUGUACAACUGGUAAUUCUUCAAAUUGUCAUAUUAUGCUCCAGUUGAUACUGUGCAGGGAAGUUGGAGGAGCAGCUCUUACUAUAGAGAGUUGCAGUUUAAAUGUAUACGUAAAUCUGCUAGUGAUUUAUUCAACUGCUGUAAUGAUUAGGUAACUAGAUAGUCAAAAUAGAAGAAAAACGUAAGUCCUGUUUUUGCACACAGAAAGUAGCAGAUCUCAUUGUCCUGUGUUGUGCUGUCAUGUAUGAAUGUGUGGGCUGCAUAUCUAAGACAUUAUUCGAUCCUAACACCCGCGUGGCCUGUUUAAAAAUGUUCUAAUUUUUACACUAACAUUCAUUGUGUUUUAAGUAUAAGAUAACUCAUCUUACUGAUCUUGAGAAAAUUUUAUAAUUCAACAGUCUUUAGAAGUAUACAUGUUUAAAAUACAAAAGUUGGAAAUAUGUUUCUUCUGGACCUCUCGACCUUUUUUGCCACUUCAAGUCAAAUGCACUUUUUUUGUUCUGGUUUUGUGUUCUCUUGAAGCAUUGAAUUUGUAUGUAGUUAGAAAGGAGUCACAGUUGCAGAAAAUUAAGAAGCUAAUAUUGGUCACUGAUCUUUGCCCAUAUGUGUAUAUUUUCUAAAAUUCACUUCGAAGUGUGACUAAUGGAUGCUUGGCUUUCCUAUGUCUGAGUUCUAAAUUGUGAUGGAAAUUGCUCUGUAUCUCCCAACUGAGAAAGGUCUCCAUUUUCCACAAAAUGCAACCAAAGCAGAAAAUAUGUGUCUUUCAGUUCUUUGGCUUUAAAACACUUUGUUUUGCUUUUAUUCAUAUUUUAUAAGAAGAAAAUAUUUUUCCCUAAAUUUCUUUUAUUGACAACUCCCAGUUAGACCAUAUUCCUCUAAAAAUAAGAAAUUUUAUUUUAUAGUAAAUAAGUUGGAAUAGAAUUGUUCUUAUGUUGGCUGCUUAAAAAUUUGAAAUUUUUUAUAAGUCAAGCUACUCCUAAACCACUUAAUAUUUUUUAUGAUUUUAAAAUUAUGUAAUCAGCCCUGAAGUCCAUUGGUUGCAAGUUUGAGACUUCAUAAAUAAGUAUUUACUAAGUGAACAGUAUUUUAAUAAGUUUGGUUAAAUAUUGGUUUGUAGUUACAAAGCUGUGUAUAAAGUGGGGGUGAGCGAAGGUGGCGUACUUGUGAGGUGGUGGUAAAAAUGUGUCCCUAAAUUUAAAGUACAUUCCAAAGGUGGUGUACUAAACGUCCUGUGUGUAGUGUAUAUUUUCUAGUUAACAAGAAUUGCAUUUAACUGGCAGCAUUUUCUUUGCAAUGUGUAAGACAGAAGUUUAUGACUUCUGUGGGGCAUUGUUUAGGUACUGUGAAGACUAGAGGUAAAUUUGUGUCUUGUAAAAGCUUUGUGUGCACAGAGUAUCUUCGCAACUGUAGAUGCACAUUUAACUGUUAGUAAUUGCUCUAGAGAAAUCUUCAUUUUACCAGUAGAAAAAAAACAGAUGCAGACUUCUUUUUAAAAGUCCUUAUUUCUAGCCUUUAACCAUCCAGUUAAUAGGAAAGGAAUAACUUUAUUUUUUAUUUAUUUUAUUUUAUUUUUGAGUAGAGUUGACACUGUGUUCCAUUAGUUUCAGGUGGACAACAUAGUGAUUCACCUGCUCUGUUACACUGUGCUCACCACAAGUGUAGCUCCCAUCUGUCACCAGACAGCACUCUUAAAAUCGUUGACUGUAUUCCCUUUGCCGUGGGAAAGGAAUAACUUUGGCAUUAAGCUUAUUUAAAACAUAGGACUUUUAAGCCAGUAUGUUAGAUUUAUUUUUCUAUUCCACUUCUGCUGCAGUAACAAAAAGAAAUCUGUAAAAAGUCAAAACAUUGUGGAAUUUACAAAACAGGCCACUUUAGUAGUUAUUAUUUUUUUUAAAGCAUUUACAUUAGAACUGAUUAUACCAGAUGUACAUUAGAUAUUCAUUUUAUGAAAUACCAAAAUAAGAUAUUCAAGCCAGGCUUGAAUAUCCAUAUGAAAACAUGGGAUACUGACUUUAGAGUUAUUCAUUUAGCUUUAAUCAUAGCAAUUCUGUGGUUUCUUCACGUGUACUGUGUCUUUGUCCAUAAAAUGAAAUAUUUUGUAACUUCAGUAUUAAUUUCGUGAAAGGAUAUAGAUGAAGAAACCUGUUCAUUAUUUGAAAUAAAUAGGCAAAUUUAAAAUGAGUGUCACAGGGGCACCUGAGUGGCUCAGUCCUUAAGCGUCUGCCUUUGGCUCGGGUCAUGAUCCCAGGGUGCUGGGAUCGAGCCCCACAUCAGGCUCCCUGCUCCGCGGGGAGCCUGCUUCUCCCUCUCCCACUCCCCCUGCUUGUGUUCCCUCCCUCGCUGUGUCUCUCUAUGUCACAUUAAAAAAAAAAAUCUUAAAAUGAGUGUCACAUAUAAAUAGGUUGUCGAGUAUUUUCUCUUUAAUUUAAAAAAGUAAUGUUUAUUUAUUAAAAGAUACCUUGGUAGAAUGUAUGUUCUUUAAUAAACCCUGUUUUAAAAUCUCAAUUAUAUAUACUAAUAAUUAAGAUAUUAAAAUAUAGUAGUACCCCCCAUUUUUGUUUAGAUUCUUGUAAAAUAUAAGCUUAACCAAGGUAUAGGGGGGUGGCUUGCAUCUUUGUGUUUUUCUGGCAAGUAGAGUCUAUUUGACAAGGUAUGUCCUCUUUUUUUCUGGGGGAAGGGGACCUUUUUUGCAGCAAGAAAUUUAAGGUUACUUUGGGGGAGGGGGUCAGUGCUACUUCGUCUGUAACAUGUUUUUUUUAAAGUUAUGAUUAUGGAUUUUGGGUUGUUUUCAGUCUUUCAAAAAUAUCUUUCCCCUUAACUCUUGUAUUAAGGGAAGUCCCUCUUUCCUACAGGGCUCCGAAUUAAGGAAUGGGUAGAGUUUACAUUUAAGCACGCCAGUGUCUGCCCAAUUUCUUAAUGUAUACAUUUGUUUUCCUUUUUAGUGAUUCUUUGUUCUUAAAAUGCUAGAAGAAAACAUAGAUCUUCCUAGUGCCUUUGAACUUAUACUGUAGUUUGAUUAAUUUAAAUCAUUAAUAACUUCAGUAGGAUUACUACAAUACUGUAUACUGGCCAAAAUUGCAAAUCUUAUAAUGAGUUUGUUGCAUCAGUUUCAAAAGCCACACCUUCAUUGUAUUUUAUGUAUAAAUUGUAUUUGUUCAAGUUGUAUAUAUUGAUAUUGUAUGUAUACAUGCAGCAUGGUUAAGUUAGAAAUAAAAAUCUUUACCUAAUA